AUGGCUAAUUCUCAAGAUUCCUGUAUUAAUGACAACAAAAACAACGAGAACACUUCACCAGUGGAAUACUCUGAUGAUUUCUUCGAGAAGAUGGAUGCUGAGAUAAUGGCUUAUUCUCAAGAUUUCUGCAUUAUGGACAACAACAACGAAAACGCUUUACCUGCAGAAAACAUGGAUGAUAUCGACAUGGAUCUUGAUCAAAUCAUUGAUUUUGGGACGGCUUCUGAAACCUUAUUGUCCUUCUAUGAUGGGAUUCUCAAGACAAGUUUUGAAAGCUUAUUAUCCGAUGGUGUUUUCGAAAGCACUCUAGACCUUCAGGAGUUUGCUGCUAGUCUUCUCACUGGUUCUGAUUCUCAUGACUCUGUGGAUCCAAUUAUGUUCUCUGAUUCUGAACCUGUUAAAGAUGGAGAUUUGGUGCUUCAGAACAGAGGUGGUUUGAAUGAUGAUCACCUCCACUCCUCUGACGUUUUCAAUGAGUUAACUCCUAUUGUUACCCUUUGA